CCGGUGAGGGGGAGGAGGAGAAGCGGCGGCGGCGGCGGCGCGGUUUUCUCCGGCCGGAUUUCCCCUCCUGGAGCAUCGCUGUCCGCGCCCGCGAGCGCAGCCCCGCCGGGCAGGGGCCCCGGGGAAGAUGGAGCCGGGGGGCCGGGCCCGCAUUGGCCCCCCGCAGCCGGCGGCCCCGGGGCUGUGGAGGGCUCGGCCGGCGGGCGGCGGCGGCGGCGGCGGCGGCGGUGGUGGUGGUGGCGCCUCCUCCUGGCUGCUGGACGGGAACAGCUGGCUGCUGUGCUAUGGCUUCCUCUACCUGGCCCUCUACGCGCAGGUGUCCCAGUCCAAGCCGUGCGAGAGGACCGGCUCCUGCUUCUCGGGCCGCUGUGUCAACUCCACCUGCCUCUGCGACCCGGGCUGGGUGGGGGACCAGUGCCAGCACUGCCAGGGCAGGUUCAAGUUAACCGAACCUUCUGGAUAUUUAACAGAUGGUCCAAUUAACUAUAAAUAUAAAACUAAAUGUACAUGGCUAAUUGAAGGCUAUCCAAAUGCAGUGUUAAGAUUAAGAUUCAAUCAUUUUGCAACAGAAUGUAGCUGGGAUCAUAUGUAUGUUUACGAUGGAGAUUCAAUAUAUGCACCUUUGAUAGCUGUUCUUAGUGGUUUGAUAGUCCCUGAAAUCAGGGGAAAUGAAACUGUGCCUGAAGUCGUUACAACAUCUGGCUAUGCACUGUUACAUUUUUUUAGUGAUGCUGCAUAUAAUCUAACUGGUUUCAACAUUUUUUAUUCAAUCAAUUCUUGUCCUAACAAUUGCUCUGGUCACGGGAAGUGUACCACUAGUGUCUCUGUUCCGAGUCAAGUGUACUGUGAAUGCGACAAAUACUGGAAGGGUGAAGCCUGUGACAUUCCUUACUGUAAAGCCAACUGCGGCAGUCCGGAUCAUGGUUACUGUGACCUAACAGGAGAAAAGCUGUGUGUCUGCAAUGAUAGCUGGCAAGGUCCUGAUUGUUCUUUGAAUGUUCCUUCUACUGAAUCUUACUGGAUUCUACCAAAUGUUAAACCCUUCAGUCCUUCUGUAGGUCGGGCUUCCCACAAAGCAGUUUUAUAUGGGAAAUUUAUGUGGGUGAUUGGUGGAUAUACUUUUAACUACAGUUCUUUUCAAAUGGUCCUGAAUUACAAUUUAGAAAGUAGUAUAUGGAAUGUAGGAAGUCUGUCAAGGGGUCCUCUCCAGAGAUAUGGACACUCUCUUGCUUUACAUCAGGAAAACAUCUUUAUGUAUGGAGGCAGAAUUGAAACAAAUGAUGGCAAUGUCACAGAUGAAUUAUGGGUUUUUAACAUACAUAGUCAGUCAUGGAGUACAAAAACCCCUACUGUUCUUGGACAUGGUCAGCAGUACGCUGUGGAGGGACAUUCAGCUCACAUUAUGGAGCUGGAUACUAGAGAUGUUGUCAUGAUCGUAAUAUUUGGAUAUUCUGCAAUAUAUGGGUAUACAAGCAGCAUACAGGAAUACCAUAUCUCAUCAAACACGUGGCUUGUCCCAGAAACUAAAGGAGCUAUUGUUCAAGGUGGAUAUGGCCAUACCAGUGUGUAUGAUGAAAUAACAAAAUCCAUUUAUGUUCACGGAGGCUAUAAAGCAUUACCAGGCAAUAAAUAUGGAUUGGUGGAUGAUCUUUAUAAGUAUGAAGUUAACACUAAGACUUGGACUAUUUUGAAAGAAAGUGGGUUUGCCAGAUAUCUUCAUUCAGCUGUUCUUAUCAAUGGAGCUAUGCUUAUUUUUGGAGGAAAUACCCAUAAUGACACUUCCUUGAGUAACGGUGCAAAAUGUUUUUCUGCCGAUUUCCUGGCAUAUGACAUAGCUUGUGAUGAAUGGAAAAUAUUACCGAAACCAAAUCUUCAUAGAGAUGUCAACAGAUUUGGACACUCUGCAGUUGUCAUUAAUGGGUCCAUGUAUAUAUUUGGAGGGUUUUCUAGUGUACUCCUUAAUGAUAUCCUUGUUUACAAGCCUCCAAACUGCAAGGCUUUCAGAGAUGAAGAACUUUGUAAGAAUGCUGGCCCAGGAAUAAAAUGUAUUUGGAAUAAAAAUCACUGUGAAUCUUGGGAAUCUGGGAAUACUAAUAAUAUCCUUAGAGCAAAAUGCCCUCCUAAAACAGCUGCUCCUGAUGACAGAUGUUACAGAUACGCGGAUUGUGCCAGCUGCACUGCCAAUACAAACGGGUGCCAGUGGUGUGACGAGAAGAAGUGUAUUUCAGCAAACAGUAACUGCAGUGUGUCCGUGAAAAACUAUACCAAAUGUCAUGUGAGAAAUGAGCAGAUUUGUAACAAACUUACCAGCUGUAAAAGCUGUUCGCUAAACUUGAAUUGCCAGUGGGAUCAGCGACAGCAAGAAUGCCAGGCUUUACCAGCUCAUCUUUGUGGAGAAGGAUGGAAUCAUAUUGGUGAUGCUUGUCUUAGAAUCAAUUCCAGUAGAGAAAGCUAUGACAAUGCAAAACUUUAUUGCUAUAAUCUUAGUGGAAAUCUUGCUUCAUUAACAACCUCAAAAGAAGUAGAAUUUGUUCUGGAUGAAAUACAGAAGUAUACACAACAGAAAGUAUCACCUUGGGUAGGCUUGCGCAAGAUCAAUAUAUCCUACUGGGGAUGGGAAGACAUGUCUCCUUUUACAAAUACAACAUUACAGUGGCUUCCUGGUGAACCAAAUGAUUCUGGGUUCUGUGCCUAUCUAGAAAAGGCUGCAGUGGCAGGCCUAAAAGCUAAUCCUUGUACAUCUAUGGCAGAUGGCCUUGUUUGUGAAAAGCCUGUUGUUAGUCCAAAUCAAAAUGCAAGGCCAUGCAAAAAGCCAUGUUCUCUAAGGACGUCCUGCUCCAACUGUACAAGCAAUGGCAUGGAGUGUAUGUGGUGCAGUAGCACGAGACGAUGUGUUGACUCCAAUGCUUAUAUCAUUUCUUUCCCAUACGGACAGUGUCUGGAGUGGCAAACGGCCACCUGCUCUCCUCAAAAUUGUUCCGGAUUGAGAACCUGUGGGCAUUGUUUGGAACAGCCUGGAUGUGGCUGGUGCAAUGAUCCUAGUAACACAGGAAGAGGACACUGCAUUGAAGGAUCUUCGCGAGGACCAAUGAAGCUUGUUGGAAUGCACAGUAAUGAGAUGGUUCUUGAUUCCAGUCUUUGUCCUAAAGAAAAGAACUAUGAGUGGUCCUUUAUCCAGUGUCCAGCUUGCCAGUGUAAUGGACAUAGCACUUGCGUCAAUAAUAACGUGUGUGAACAGUGUAAAAAUCUCACCACAGGAAACCAGUGUCAAGAUUGCAUGCCAGGUUAUUACGGAGAUCCGACUAACGGAGGACAGUGCACAGCUUGUACAUGCAGUGGCCAUGCCAACAUUUGUCAUAUGCACACAGGAAAAUGUUUCUGCACAACUAAAGGAAUAAAAGGUGAUCAGUGUCAAUUGUGUGAUUCUGAAAAUCGCUAUGUUGGUAAUCCACUUAGAGGCACAUGUUAUUAUAUUACCUGUCCUCAAUAUUGCAGUUCUCUCAACCCCUGCCCACUGCAACUGAUCGGGGUGAACACUAUUCUCUUUUUUAAACAAAAAGACACUAACCUUUUGAUUGACUAUCAGUUUACCUUCAGCUUAUUACAGGAAGAUGAUCGCCACCAUACUGCCAUAAACUUCAUAGCGAACCCAGAACAGUCAAACAAAAAUUUGGAUAUUUCGAUUAAUGCAUCAAACAACUUUAAUCUCAACAUUACAUGGUCAGUUGGUUCAACAGCUGGAACAAUAUCUGGGGAGGAGACUCCUAUAGUGUCCAAGACUAAUAUAAAGGAAUACAGAGAUAGUUUUUCCUAUGAAAAAUUUAACUUCAGAAGCAAUCCUAACAUUACAUUCUAUGUGUAUGUCAGCAACUUUUCCUGGCCUAUUAAAAUACAGAUUGCAUUCUCACAACACAACACAAUCAUGGAUCUUGUGCAGUUUUUUGUCACCUUCUUCAGUUGUUUUUUAUCCCUAUUGCUGGUGGCUGCAGUGGUAUGGAAGAUCAAACAAACAUGUUGGGCUUCUCGACGGAGAGAGCAACUGCUUCGAGAACGACAGCAGAUGGCCAGCCGUCCCUUUGCGUCUGUUGAUGUAGCACUGGAAGUAGGAGCUGAACAAACGGAGUAUCUGCGAGGGCCAGUGGAGGGGGCACCUAAACCGAUAGCCAUUGAACCGUGUGCUGGGAACAGAGCUGCUGUUCUGACUGUGUUUCUUUGUCUGCCUCGAGGAUCAUCAGGUGCCCCUCCUCCUGGACAGUCAGGCCUCGCAAUUGCCAGUGCCCUAAUAGAUAUUUCACAACAGAAGCCUUCCGACAGUAAAGACAAGACUUCAGGAGUCCGAAAUCGAAAACACCACCUCUCAACACGUCAAGGAACUUGUGUCUGAGAAACAGAAACUACUCCUGGAUAUUCCGACAUGUUUGAUUUUGUAAAUGACUUCCAUUCAGGCUGGUCUAUGGCCUCAGUUUUUAUGGAGUCAAACCUGUGUAUGGUUCCAGAGCUCAAGUACACUUCCCUCCAAAUGGGCGAUGACUCAAGCGGCCAGAGAAUGUCCGUGACUUUUAUGAAAGUAACAGUACUGAGGGGCGACAAAGUCAGUUUUUACGACUCUCCUAGGCUUAUCAUAGAUAACAUUUAAAUACUCCAGAAAAAGAUGUAUAUUGUUUCUUAAUGCAGAUGGAAAAUAUGUGAUUCCUAUAAACCAAACUGUUUAUAUCCUAGGACUUUAAAGAAAGACAUUUUAUAAUGCCUGAGUGAUGAGAAUUGUACAAUUUUUGCCUCAUAAGCAAACUUAAAUCACUUCUAUAUGAACAGGAAAUGAACAAAUCGCAAUGGCUUUAAAUGCUGUUUUAUCUCACUGUAAAUGUAAAAGCAAGAUUUUGAUUUAGCGGGAUGUAGGUAAUGUAUUUAAAUAUUCCACAUCACCAUAUCAUGUCCGCACUCAGUUUGAGAAUGGGACAGUUUCCCACCUAACGGGAACACAGACCAAAAUGAGACCAUUUGGAUGGAUGGUAAAUGCAACUUCACAGGAGGUUUUAUUAGAAUUCCAAGUGAAAAGGACAUUCCUGUCAUCCACGCCAACUGCCUCACUCAUUAUCAGAGCUGAUAGAGCAUGGAAAAGCCUGUCCAGCAAUCAAUUUUUUCCCUCCUGCCAAAAACCCUGUAAUACCAAACCUGAAGAGAGCUGAAAUAGUUAUUUUACAGUGUGCAAGCUUCAGCUCUAGUAUGGUAAUUGUUUUUAAUUGCUUAGGAGUCAUUGGAUCAGACCUAAAUGAUUCAUCUGCAUUUUUGUAAGAAUGGAUCAGCUUUGGUUGGCCUUCCUCUCCUAGCUGCUCGAUUUUAUCUACCUUUUACAAAUAUUAUGGAAGUAUUUUAGAGGUGACCCCUCCAAAGUUUUCACAUGAUCCAGGGUCCUUCUUGCCAACUAUUCACUUAGACUACAAGUAGGGACAAGCAUUUGUUGGCAAGCAUCUACAGUAUUCUUGUUUCUAACAUAAACACAUUGGUGUCAUGAGAGCAAGUUUCUAGUUUAAAAAAUAAGUUCAUCAAUGCCCACAUUUAGCAUAUUCUUCAUGAUUCAAACAUGUGAAUUAUGGCAGAAAGCAAAAAUGGUAUAGAACAGCCUUCACACUGGAACAUAGAUUUAUUUGUGUCCUAAUUUUGACUCUAGUUCACCAGAACUCAGUAGCAUUAACCAGACCUUGUUUGGAAUUAACAGUUUCUUAACUGUGGUCAGGGUGACUACAAGAUAUGUGUAGAAAGCAGUGACAGAGAGACCCAAAGCUGCUUUAUACAACAUAGUUUUGUUCAGUAUGAAAGCCAUUUACACAUAAUUGAUGUUUAGUACUAUAUAUGUACUUUUCAUGUUCUUUGGAUUUCUGGAAGGUAAUGACACUUUACUGUUUACAGCUAAUGCAUAGUUACUUGCAUGCUGUGGUUGUACAGUAGCAGAACAUGACCCUAUUGUGAUAUUCAAUGUUUAUUUCAUAAUACCAUUAUACAUAGUCAGCUUAAUUUGAUGAGGAUCGAAUGUAAUAUAUAACAGGAAUGACCAUACAAUAGGUAGUCGCAUCGUAUAUAAGAUUGCUAGGUUGCAUCUAACCAUGCCUAUCACUGUUUUGAUAAUUAGACAUUUAUGAAUUAUAGUAUAUACUCUUUAUGUUGGCAUGAUAAUUUUGCUAUUUUCUAUGCGUUAAAAAUAAGACUAAUUCUUAGAGUAAUUUUAUCUAUAGCCUGUGGGUUUUUUUGGGAGAGGGGGUGGCAGUGAAGCUGGUUGUUUUUGCCUCCCUGUGAUAUUUUCUCUCUCAAAAAAAAAAAAAAGGCAAGGAAAGUUUGUAAACGUCUCCUAGAAAAACGAUCAAGUAAUUUUAUUAGCUUCUUUUUGGACCCUUUAAAUGUUGCUUUUUCUCCUGGAAAAAUAAAUUGACAAAACUGGUGACUGCAAAAAUAUAACCACUUAAAAAUAAAAUGCCCGAUUUGUUUAAUUCUCUAAGAGUUGUAUGAGAGAAAGCUUAUGUAACAAAACACAAAAACAUAUAUAAAAUCUAUUCCAGCUGUCCAUUUAGAGAGGCCAAGCAAACAGUGUUACAAAGAAAGGAUUGCCAAGCUGUAUCCACCUCCAGUCCCACUGGGUUCCUCAAACUUGAAAAUUUGAAUUUUAGAGAGUUACGGGACAUAAUGCAAUGCGAAGUUAAAGUCAUACUAUAUCUUUCUGGGCCAAAUAUUGCUACCUCCAUGACUACUUUUACAAUAUCUUCUCGACGUAUCAAAGCUUUUUACUGGCAGCAAAAUUCUUCACCCUCAGGUAAAGUGGAUUGAAAAGACCUUAGGGAUUAUCACUUUGUAUUUGUGUCACAAUUUUUUUGUCCCCACAUCCCAAACACUUUAAAUUUAGAUGCUCCCUUUUUUUUCUUUAACUUUUUAAAAUCAAUUCACAAGGAUAUGCAGAUACUCUUCUAGAAGUUUAUACUUAAAUAACUGAUUCUCUUCCAAACUUUAUCUCAAUGGAAUUUGGUACCUUUCCAUUGAGAAUAACUUUGAAGGGUCCUUUAGAUUUUAGGAUUUCUUCUUCUUCCAAGUAGGAAAAAGGUUUUGUUAAAUAGAACAGCAUUUUUAAAAUUUACCUGGGGACGAUAUUUGGACAACCAGAGAAUUCUUGUUUAAAGGGAUGCAUGUGCUUACAGAUUGAUGUAAUAAAUUUUAAGAGGAUUGGGGUUUCCUAAUUGCUUUUAAAUGGAAAUUUGUUUUAGUAAUACACGGAGAAGGAAAGAGUAUGCCACAUACUAUUGUGUUAUGUUCAGUAGGAAGACUUCAAAUAGGACAUAUUUCAGUGUGGAAUCAAUACUUGCUGUACUUCCCAAUAUCUCAUUUGGGGGGGGGGGUGAAGGGAGGGAAGUUCUGUCAUAUAGACGUGACUGUACAGCUGGAGUCCUGUUGCAGUCAUUUAGAGUAUAGACUGGCAGACGGGCCCAAGAACAGAUGCUGGCAUCAGCUUUGAGCUGUGUCGUGCUGGGCAAGUUUUGCUCUUCAGAAGCCUCAGACAUUCCAUCUGUGAGGGAAGGUGGUGCCCACCUUGCCGACCCACUGUGAGCCCGGAAGGUAAUAGGCAUCAAACUCCCACAGCAGGCCCUCCACGCUGAGUAGCUGGGAUGGACCAUCACGGGGCCACCAGGCCACUGGUUUUCAACCGUUUUAUGAAUCCAUCUAUUAAUUUUUCAUCCAUCUUUUUACCAUAACUGAAAGUCAAGUAGGGUUUUGCAGGUGAAAGUUGCAUAAAAAUCUCGAGCAAGUUCCUAUAUUUCGAGGAUAUAGAGAUUUCCAAAAAAAGCUACUUUGAUAUUUGAGUCAUUAGAGGCUUUGGCUCUUCCAAAAUAUAUAUAGCUUUAAUAGAGCAUUUAGACAGGAACAAUCAUUGUCACUUUCACAUUCAAAUUAGGCAAGAAGAAACCAAUCCUUACCUUUGGUUGGCAUACAUCGUACCUCUUUUUAUCACUAAGCAUAAAACUAUGAUUUGAAGAGUGUUUUAUAUAAAAGCUUUGGAAAAAUGAAAACGGAUCAGACGAACUAAUUCUCCCACAUACAUUUAAGGAAAAAUCCACUUCCAAAGCCCAUUUGUCAUGUUACUAGAGUGACUUUGGAACUCACUUGAUCAUAAGAACUACCCGGGUUCGUACAGAUUCCUACUUUUGCCUCAAGAGAUUAAGACUCAGAAGGACUGGAUUAGACCCUGGAGAUUCAUAUGCUUAAUAAGCACCUCAGUGAUUCUUACCAUUAGGCGAAUUAGGAAAACACUGCACUGGGCCAAAGAGUUGCCUUUAUCUACAGUUAGAAGAAUUUCUUUAAAUAACGAAGUUAUCACUCUAGUUCAAAAUGCUUUCAAUAAUUUUCCAGGGAAUACAAGCCAUCUGGUUGGUGUGACAGCAGUGUUUUCAGUAUAGUGUACAUUUAACAGUGUAGUCUUAUCAAAUUUUUAAAAUUAAGACUUAUAACCAUAUCAGUAUAUAUGUAUACACAUGUGCAUGCCAAUGUUAAAACAGAUUGUGUAAAAGUUCAAACCUGCUUUAAAAAGUCAACAUUUUAUGCUGCAGUGUGCUAUUAUUAAUCAAGAGUUUAAUUACUGAAAUAAAAACACUGGAUCUUCCAGCCCCCACUGCUAA